UACAAAUAUACCCCUGAUACUUAUGACUGGUUUCGUGGUCCAGGGUCACAUAUAGAGUGCUGAAUCAACACAAAAUUAGUGUUAAAGAGUUAAAAAGUAGAGAUAAGUGAAACCAAAAGUUACAGCUCUGUCAGUAUUAACCAGAACUGUGAUUACGUGUCAAAUGAAUUGAUUGAUAUCACAUUGGAUAAAACUCUGUUAAUUUGUACAAUUAAAAAAGCCAGUAGAAAAAUGUAAGUAUAUUAAUAUAGUCUAGCAAAGCUCACUUCUCCGAAUCAAUUGUCGCAGUCUGUUUCUAAAGCAGGUAGAUUUUGAGUUGCCUAAAAAGCUUGAAGUACUAUAUAAGACACACCUAAUCAUUUCUGUCACAGUCACUGAGUCCCAUCACUUAAGAUUUGUUUACUAAAUUAAUACCUUUCAGGUUAAGCUGGUUCUAUAUUUGUAAUCAUAAAAGGAAAGUAACUGAAGCUGGAAGCAAAAAGAAUACACUCCCUCUUUAUGGUCAUAAGGAAGUUGGGCUGUAUUUACUAAGCGGUGCAACCUAAAAAAAUAAAGAUAUCAGCUGAUCAGCAGAGACUAGAGUGCCAGCAGACAGAGCAGACGAUAUAGACAUGUCGGCUUCAGAAGAAGAGUGUCCUGUAUGCAGGGAAAACAUUCAGAAUCCUUCUCAACCGUCUGCAUGCUGUGGAAAAGUAAUUUGCCAGCGAUGCCUCAAUCAGUCUUUUCGAUUUAGGCCUCAUUGUCCAUACUGCAGAACCUCAUUGGUGCCUCCUGGUAGAAGGAGCCAUAUGCAGCAAAUGCUGCCAGGGGGUGUUCAAACAUUCAGUUCAAGAAGACCUGUUGGCGCAAACAUACAGAAUCUCCUCGGCCAACUUCAAAAUUCAAUGCCACAACAAGCAGGCAUUGCUGCUCAAGCUGCCCCACCACUCGCCCCGCAAAAUCGGCCCGUUCCUUUGCCUCGGAACAGAGCUCCACUUGCGAAUUUAAUUGCUGCUCCACAACCUGCACCCAUUAAUGCUGCACCGAUUGGUCUUAUCCAACCCGCCCCGCCACCUGCCCCAGCUCCACUGCCGGUAAACCACGUCACGCCCCAGGAAAAUUUGCUGUCUGCCCUGGAUGAAUGGCCAUGGCAAACAGAGAUCUCUCUAAUGGAGAUGAAUCCACAACCUCAGGGUGUUACUGUGAGGACUUUCACAUGUCCGUACUGCCAGGAUAAUGGACUGGAUGAACUCGAUCUACUUGAUCACUGCAAUGAACAUCAUGCCAAUGACAGCACACGUGUGGUGUGUCCAGUGUGUGUGCAAACGCCCCACGGUGAUCCACAGUACUACAGCCGCAACUUCAUUGGCCACCUCAACCUGCGCCACUGCUACUACUUGGAUGAUAUAACUAAUCUCCACCAGAGUGAUGAGAUGAACUUUCAGUGUGCAAUUCUAGCAUCAUACAGAGAAAAUUUUUAGAUCUCAUUUUCAGAAACAUCACAACAAAGCUCUCAGUUGUUUUUCUGGACCACCAAAAUGCUUUGGAAGAAGAUUCUGAACCAUGAGGAUAUAAACAAUUGAGAAAUCAGUCCAAGAUAUACUGAAGAUGUGAUAUUGAAGGAUUUUACCAAUGUUAUGUAAAAUAUAAUAUGCGGUCAGAUUUAUUGAAAAGCAACAGAAAAUGAUUGAUUAUAUGAUUAGGAGGUAUUUUAAGAGGUAGUGUAUUUUCAUAUGCCCUCUCAUGCUUCUUAAGUAUUGAUCAUGCCUUUAAAAUUACUAGUCGUGAUUUAUCUGCCAAAAACGUUUUGCACUUUAGCUCUUCUUGCAGUUUCUUUACAGAUACAAGAUUUAUAGCAUGUGAUUUACACAUAUGUUUGUGAUAUUGUUUGUGGGUAUACUUUUUGAAAAUGUUUCAAUGAAAAAAAAACAAAAAAAACA